AGAUGUGUGGCAAGAUGACGGUGAGAUGUGUGAAUGCCUUGCAGAAGACACGAUCGUCUGUGAAGGAUUAACCCGGACAGACCUGUGUGCAAGGCCAGCGAGAGGAAUUUGCCGCGCAUGCGGAGAUCCACACGUCACGAUGUUCGACGGAAAGCGUCAUCACUUCCAAGGCCCGUGUAGAUACACAUUCGCCAAGGACUGUGGGGACAGCAGCGACUUCACCGUGGAAGUACAACACGUGCCCGUACCCCAUAGGCCAGUUGUGUCCGUUGUGCGUGAGGUGUACGUGAUAGCACACAGGUACGAAAUCGGAAUUCACCAAGGAAAUGAUGUGACGGUGAAUGGAGGGCUGUACUCGGUUCCCUUCUCCCUGGCCAUGGACAAGAUUGAGGUCAGGUACAGCGGUAUAUGGGUUCACGUGCGGUUGGUAGAGUACUGCGUGGACAUCUUCUACAACGGGCGUCACUGUGUGAAGGUGACGGUUACUCCUUACUACUGGGGUAGGAUGUGUGGACUUUGCGGUAACUACAACAGCGACAUGACCGAUGACUUCAUGAUGUCAGACCUGAUGACCAUCGCGCCGAACUGGAACGAUUUCGGACAUAGCUGGCUGGUCGAGGACGAAGACGAUGAGAAAUGUGGAGGAGGAGGAGGAGGCCCCGGUCCGUGUCCACCAGACUUGCUGGCAGCUGUGUCGGCAGAUGACAUUUGCGGGCUCAUUUCAGACCCUAACGGUCCGUUUGCUGCGUGCCAUGCCGCUGUAAAGCCUCGGGAUUUCUAUAACGACUGCGUCUUCGACAUGUGUGCACAGAACGGAGAUAUCGUGGGCCUCUGUGAGAACCUGGAGGCAUACGCUGACGCCUGUAAGGACGCCGAUGUGGCCAUUACUUGGCGUACUCCAACCCUUUGCCCCUUGCCGUGUCCACCUAACAGCCAUUACAACCCAUGCGCAAGUCCCUGUCCUGCGACCUGCCAGGAUCCGGACGCUCCAAACAAUCCGUGUAUCACAGUCUGUGUAGAAUGCUGCGAGUGCGAUCCCGGGUACGUCAUGAGCGGACUUCACUGUGUCCCACUAGAGGAGUGCGGCUGCACUGACCCUGACACUGGCCGUUAUUACGAGCUCGGAGAAACCUGGGUAGAGGACGGUAAACGCUGUAUUUGCAGAGAAAACAACACAAUUAUCUGCAAAGGAUGUUCCUUUGACAUCGUCUUCAUACUGGACCGUUCUUCAAGUAUUGGACCGUACGGGAUGUACAUCGCCCAGAAAUACAUCGCGCAUAUCAUCAAAUGCCUGUAUGGCCUGGAUGUAGACGUCGGGUACAUUGUGUUUGACUGCAUAUCGAAGUGGCUGAUCUCUCUGGGACUCUACAACGUGGACACAACUGCUCUCAUCCCAGAAAUCAAGGCUGCUGAGUUCACUGGAGGGGAGAGCCGAGCUGGGCAUGCCAUUUAUCAUAUGAUGUGUACGGCCAAUUACCGAAAUGGAAUCCCCAGUGCGGCUGUUGUACUGACAGAUGGUAUUGCGUAUAAAGAGUACCCGAGCAACCUGUAUGAAAUCCAGUCCGACGCAGCAAGGGCAAUGGGUAUUGAGUUGUACGCUGUGGCGGUUGGAAGAGACCCCCUCUUCAACUUCAAUGGGCUUGCGAACAUCGCGGGUGGCUCAGACCGUGUGUUCGACCGUUACAGUUGCUGCGCUCUUGCCAUCAGGCUGAUGGAAGACUUAUGUGUGGCGUGUGACGUGAGUUCAGACCUGUUUUUCGUUCUGGACGGAUCUGGCAGCGUAGGCCCUGACAACUUCGAAACAGUCAAACAGUUUGUUGUGGAUGUGGUCAGCGCCUUCACCAUCAGCUUAACUGACACCAGAGUUGGUGUUGUCCAAUACUCCGAUUUUAACACACUGGCGUGUAACCUGGGAGACCAUCCUGAUGAGGCAUCUUUCGUCACCGCCAUCAACACCAUGCAAUACCAAGGCGGAGGCACGGCAACGGGAGAUGCUAUGGAGUACGCGCGUGUAAAGCUUCAGGCCGUCUGGAGGCCUGCACCUACUCCAAGGAUUAUGAUAGUUCUGACUGACGGGAAGUCAGGGGAUGACGUCGUCGCGGCUGCCCAAGCUUUGGCCGCGGACGGUGUAACCGUGUACGCCAUCGGUGUGGCCAACUUUGACACCGCAGAGCUGCUAGAGAUCACCAACGGCAACCAGGACCGUGUGAUUGAGCUGAAAGACUAUACCGCCCUGACUGCGAGCAUCAACAGCAUCAUUCGCGCUCUCUGCAAAGGGACGAUCUGAUCAAAGUAUUCUAGAAGAGAGUGUGAUUCCUUUGACCCUUUCGAUUUUCUACAGAUUUCAAGUCAUGUCAACUUGUUACCGUGGUCUCAUCUACACUAUAACAUAAAUCAAACUACACUAUAACGUAAAAGACUUCAGUGAUGCUGAA